GCAUCACUAGAGGUGUGCUCCCUUCUUUCCAUCGAUUCCACAGAAGUAAAUUCACAGCUUUCGUUCCAAUAUAAAUCCCAUAUAACGCUACGCCGAACAAGUCUUCCCUUCUCGGUAUACCCAUACAAAAGCACCAGAACCACUCUAGACUAGAGUCCAACAUAUCUUCUUCCAACUCUCCAGCGUUGCUCCCCAUUUCCAGUUUCCAGCAGCAAGAAGAUGUCCACACACGCCAUCCCCCACCGUGAAGUCCCCAUUACCUUCCUCUGCGGACACACCUUCCACAAAGGCAGAGCCUACCAUGGCCCUCCUAUGCAGGUUCCGAGCGCCCCCAUCUCCCUACCGGGUCCGGUACCACCUUAUCCAAGUAAUAAUGCGCCCGUUCCGUGUAAGUUGUGCAGAGACAAUAAGUUGUGGGAGUAUGAUUGGAGGAGGAGGGGUUGGCGCGUCUACGAACCAGCCGAGGACUCCUUCCUCCUGCUCGACACUCUUUCCUCCCCCUCCGAAACCGCCUUUCUCUCAUCCCGCUUUUCUUCUUCUUCUUCUUCCCCCCACCCCGGCACCCCCUUAGUUCUAGAAGUCGGCCCCGGCUCCGGCGUAGUAAUCGCCUUCCUAACCGCCCACGCCUCCACCAUCUUCGGCACCCCGCACGUCCUAACAACCGCCAUCGACGUCUCGCCCUUUGCCUGCGCCGCCACCAACCUCACCGUCUCUAAGGCCAUUUACGAGAAUUCCUCGACAGCUGGUUCUUGGACCUCAGCAAUCCAAGGCGACCUGGUCUCCCCCUUGCGAGCAGGGACGGUGGACGUCCUGGUGUUUAACCCGCCUUACGUCCCCACGCCUGACUUGCCUGCCCCUCCCCCCGUGCCGCUGCAGGAACUGAGGGAGAAAACGACGUUUGAGGAGGAUUCGCAUCUGUUGGAGUUGACGUAUGCUGGAGGGAGAGAUGGGAUGGAGACGACGGAUAGAUUGAUUGAGGCUUUGCCGGGGGUGUUGAGCGAGAGGGGGAAUAAGCCGGAGGAGGUGAAGGGGAGGAUUAGAGCGAUGGGUACUACCGAAGGGGAGUGGAAGGCGGAGACGGUGGGGACUAGUGGGAAGCAGGCGGGUUGGGAGAAGUUGCAGAUUGUGAGGGUUUGGAGGUAA